AUGAUGUCCCCCCGCGGCAUGUCGGACCUCUCCGGUCUGGAGGCUUAUUACGUGACGAAGACCGCGGAGCUCGAGGCGGAGGUCCGCGAAAAGGAAGCGACGACCAAGCGACUCGAGGCGCAGCGGAACGAGCUGAACGCGAAGGUGCGACUGCUCAAGGAGGAACUGUCUCUACUCCUGGAGUCCGGGUCGCAGGUCGGCGAGGUGGCGCGAACGAUGGGGAAGAAGAAGGUGCUGGUCAAGGUGGGACAGGAGGGAAAAUACGUGGUGGAUGUGGACGAGAAGAACGUGGAUAUCACAAAAUUGAAGCCCAACAUCCGCGUGUGCCUCAAGUCCGACACCUACGUGUUGCACCGCAUCCUGCCCUCCAAGGUGGACCCGCUGGUCAGUCUGAUGAAGGUCGAAAAGGUGCCUGACAGCACCUACGAGAUGGUGGGCGGGCUCGACAAGCAGGUGAAGGAAAUCAAGGAGGUCAUCGAGCUUCCUAUCAAGCACCCGGAACUCUUCGAGUCGCUGGGGAUCCCGCAGCCCAAGGGUGUGCUGCUGUACGGCCCGCCGGGGACCGGAAAAACGCUGCUCGCGCGCGCCGUGGCGCACCACACGUCCUGCUGCUUCAUCCGAGUAUCGGGGUCCGAGCUCGUGCAAAAGUAUAUAUCGGAAUUAGGGCUUUGCACUGUAGAGGUUGAUACGAUUGUGUGGUUAAUAAGGGGAGACACGAUACAUCCGUGCCCGUAUAAUCUGAAUUGCGCUUGAAAUUUUUUUCGAAAUCGACUUACCAGGUACAUCGGAGAGGGGAGUCGAAUGGUGCGCGAACUGUUCGUGAUGGCACGAGAGAACGCACCAGCGAUCAUUUUUAUGGACGAAAUCGACAGUAUCGGCAGUCAGCGAAGUGAGGACAGCGGCGGCGACUCCGAGGUGCAGCGAACCAUGUUGGAGCUGCUGAACCAACUGGAUGGGUUUGAGGGAAAAUCAAACAUUAAGGUAGUCAUGGCGACCAACAGAAUCGACAUCCUGGACGAGGCUCUGCUCCGGCCCGGCCGAAUCGACAGAAAAGUACGAUUCUUUGCAUCAUGCAUUUUCAUGUUUUAAGACUGAAGCUUGUGCGGCUGAUGUGCCACUUUAGUUGAGUAAACAUCAAACGCCCACAUUUCCCCGCACCACAGCGAUUUUGAAAUGCUUCUUCACUAUAUCAGGUCGAAUUUCCGCACCCGAACGAGGAAGCCCGAUUGGACAUUUUGAAGAUCCAUUCGCGAAAAAUGAACCUGAUGCGGGGUAUCGACUUGCGAAAAAUAGCAAGGCAAAUGAACGGGACGAAUGGCGCUGAGGGAAAAGCAGUCUGCACCGAGGCCGGGAUGUUCGCCCUGCGCGAGAGACGGGUGCACGUUACCCAGGACGAUUUGCAGAUGGCAGUAUCGAAGGUCAUGAAGAAGGACGCAGACGCAAAUAUGUCGAUGAACAUGCUUACGCGAUAGAGAACGCAGGCGAAUGCGUGCUGCAGCAUGCCGCUACAACCUGACCGAAGUCCUCAAUCAUACCGAUCAUCUCUUGUGUAGCACAGCCCAUAACAGUAACAGAACCUCUUGAUGAUAAUGUAUCGACUUGUGUCCAACACCCCGUGCGCCACCCGCUGAGCGACUCACGGUUCGCUAAGAGUUUUUGAAAAAACGAAGGCGCUGUUGCCGAUGCGUAGUAUCGACAGUUGGGGAGUUCUUCAU